GAUAUGAUGAUGAAUAACAUUUGACAGUUUAUUGCCAGACAAAUCUGGUGGAGCCAAUAUCACACGUAAGCUAUUUCCGGCUAAUUGGUACCGAGGAAAGAAAACGAAGCAAGAAUAUUCUCAGAUGGAGAAUAUUCCCGGAGUUGGAAUAUUCUCUCUAAACGAAUUGAAGAUUGCCACCGAUAACUUUGCAGAUAGAAAUAUCCUCUUCAAAAAUGGAUCUGCAGUAUUGUUGUACAAAGGCCGGUUAGAAAACGGCUCUAUAGUGGCAGUUAAGAGAUUUAAACAGCUGCAAUAUUUCCGAGCGGAAGUUGAAGCAAUGAGCAAUGCUACUAAUCAUCCAAAUUUACUCCGAUUAAUCGGCGUUUGCAUUACGCAAAAAGAAAAGAUGCUCGUUUAUCCCUACAUGGCCAACAGAAACGUUGCGUCAUGCUUAAGAGCGCGACUGGAGUCAAAACAUCCACUUGAUUGGCCAGUAAGAAAACGGAUAGCAAUGGGGGUUGCUAGGGGUCUAGCCCAUUUGCACGAUGAAUGUCCGAGGAAAAUCAUUCAUCGGAAUGUCAAAGCUGUAAACAUAUUUUUGAACGAGGACUUUGAUGCAAUUAUUAGUAACUUUGAUUUGGCCAUACUGAUGGACCACGGUGUUACUCAUCUGGAAGAAGUUGUUAGCGGAACGGUUGGUCAUAUAGCUCCUGAAUACCUCUCGGAGGGUAUUUGUUCGGAGAAAAUCGAUGUUUAUAGCUAUGGUGUCUUUCUUCUCGAGCUAAUCACUGGUCGCAGAGCUUUUGAUCUUAUUCGGCGUGCGAAUGACGAAGCUGUAGUGUUACUUGAGUGGGUUAAGAGAAUCGUAGAGGAGAAGGAGCGGGAGAGGAUUGUUGAUCCCGAUAUUAGAGGUAAUUAUUAUUACAUUGAGCAAGGUGUGGAGGAGAUGAUUAAAAUAGCUCUGAUCUGCACACAGAACAACCCGGAGAAACGUCCGAAAAUGUCGGAAAUCGUGAGGAUAAUGCUACAACUUGGCGAUGGCUUAGUGCUAUCUCAAAGGUGGGAAGAGUUUUGUAAUGAAGAAAAAUUGCUUCGUCAAGAGUUUAUGAUGAGUUCCGAUGAGAAAUGGGAUCUAAAAUUACCAGAUAGCCCAAGGCAAUCAGAUGAACUUUCCAGCCCAAGAUGAUGAUGGUGCAGUGUUGUAAUUACUUUUAAACUAUUAUUUUAGUUCUAAGAUAAACAAAUACACAUCUCGUAUUGUUUGCAAGCUAUUAUACGAGAGUUUAGGUUUACCCAGUGCA